CAACCACACCCACCCACCCGCCCAAUCCAUCCACCAAGCAACCACACCAUCACCAUGGCGAACCGCUGCGUCAGCCUCGACGCCACCUGGGCCCACCUCCCCGCGCCGCCUCCGCCGCCGCCGCACCACACCUGGCUCUCCCCCGCCGCCGACGACGCGAUCACCGCCGCGCUCUGGGCCUCCAUGGCGCCGUCCUCCGCGUCCUCGUACUGUGGCUCCGCCGCCUCGCCGACGCCGUCGACCUCCACCACCACCACCUCCUCCUCCGCCGCGUCGGCAGAGAUCCUCGCGGGCGGCGGAGCGCGGGCGGCGACGCGGCCGAGCGGGCGCGUGUCGAAGCGGAAGCCGCGCCCGUCGCGGCGCGCGCACACCACCUACAUCACCGCCGACCCUGCCGACUUCCGCCGCAUGGUGCAGGAGAUCACCGGCUUCCCCGUCCCCGGCGCCCACACCGCCUACCCCUCCGCCUCCGCGUCGUCGGCCCCGGCGGCCCCGCACGCCGCCGCAGCGCUCGCGUGCGUGCUCCCGACUCUGGACACGUCCGCGUUCCUGCUCGACCGCGCUUCACCUCCGCCGCCGCCGCCGCAGCCACAGCCGGGGCGGAAGAACGACAAGACGCCCACCACCACAAUGGCCUCCACGCCGCCGCAGCCGCCGGCGGCGGCGGACGAGGCGGCGGCGUCGUCGCUGCUGCUGCAAGAGCUGGAGGAGUUGAUCGGCGCGUCGGCCUUCCCGACAUUGGAGAGCUGGGGGAUGAUCUGAUUCUGACCUCGAUUUCUCCUCUCUUUUUUUUUCUCCCAUAAAAUUUCAGGGUUUUUUUUGGUCCGUCCGAUGCGAGGAUCGGACGGCUGCGGGUUGUCCUCCCCUUAGCCAAGCUGAUGAUGAUGUCGUAGCCAAGUAGCGUAGCACUAGAAACCAAAUCAGCCUCUCUCUCUCGCUCUCUUUUUCUCAUGGUGUAAUUAUUACUCCUUUCUGUUUGUUGCUCAUCAUUGCCUUCAUUUAGUUAACGAGUUUAAUGAUAUGCUUAAUUAGUUCUAAA